CCGCGCCGCGCCGCGCCGCCGGGUGAAGCCUAAACCGUGCAGCCAGUUGGGUGCGGGGCGUGCAGGGGGUGCAGGGGGUGCAGGGGGUGCAGGGGCAGACCCAAACAGACUAGGACCCGGCGCCGCGCCGCUGUGUGCGCAGCCCUGGUCUCCGGGCUCCGCGGCCGCCGCAGCCUGGGUGUUUCUCCCUUGUCCCCGCCACUUCCCAGUCCCUCGCCCAACAUGAUACUGACCAAAGCCCAGUACGACGAGAUAGCCCAGUGCCUAGUGUCUGUGCCGCCCACCAGGCAGAGCCUGAGGAAGCUGAAGCAGACGUUCCCCAGUCAAUCGCAGGCCACUCUGCUGAGCAUCUUCUCCCAGGAGUACCAGAAACAUAUUAAAAGAACACAUGCCAAACAUCAUACUUCAGAAGCGAUUGAAACUUAUUAUCAGAGGUACCUGAAUGGAGUGGGGAGAAAUGGAAGUGCCCCAGUGCUCCUGGAGCUGGCCAAUGAGGUGGACUAUGCACCCUCAUUAAUGGCUCGGAUUAUACUGGAGAGGUUUCUACAAGAGCACGAGGAAACGCCACCCUCCAAGUCUGUUAUAAAUAGUAUGCUACGGGACCCUUCUCAGAUUCCAGAUGGAGUUCUAGCAAAUCAGGUCUAUCAGUGCAUCGUGAAUGACUGCUGUUAUGGCCCACUGGUGGACUGCAUCAAACAUGCCAUUGGUCAUGAGCAUGAAGUCCUGCUGAGAGACCUGCUUCUGGAGAAAAACCUGUCCUUCCUAGAUGAAGAUCAGCUCCGUGCAAAGGGUUAUGACAAAACACCAGACUUUAUUUUACAAGUUCCAGUUGCUGUGGAAGGGCACAUAAUUCACUGGAUUGAAAGCAAAGCCUCAUUUGGUGAUGAAUGUAGCCACCAUGCCUACCUGCACGACCAGUUCUGGAGCUACUGGAAUAGAUUCGGGCCGGGCUUAGUCAUCUAUUGGUAUGGCUUUAUCCAGGAGCUGGACUGUAACCGGGAGAGGGGCAUCCUGCUCAAAGCCUGCUUCCCCACGGACAUUGUCACCUUGUGCCACAGCAUAGCUUGACCCUGAUGGAUCCUGGAAGAGGAGCCGGGAGGAAAAGAUGAAUCCGGAAGCAAUUUUACUUUCCUGCGGUGUAACUGCUGGCAGCAUCUGCCCUGAACUUCAGCUGAACCCUUGCUGUCCGUGGCCACACCACUACCUCUCCAGACAAACACAUCCAGAGUUUCUGUUUUCCUUCAAUCCUUGCUGAUGUGAACAGCCAAGAACUGCAGGCACAACCCACUCAUUAUCAGCAUUUCUGUCUCUGUCAAACAGUUAGUUUAUAGAUAGUUAUAAUCUUUCUUCCUUCCGGAUGGUUUCUCCUUGUAUACUGAACAAAAGAAGAAAUGUGGGGACUGAAAGGUGUGAUUUUUAUCAAUUCGCCUCCCAGUUCCCGAAUCACCCUCUUAAUUUUUUUUACCUAAGCCUCCAUUCAUCCCCUGUCCCUCCCCUGUCCUUUCCAUGGGCACUCACAAGCCCCCAGUGUUGCAUCACCAUCACGGAAUAAUAUCGCACCAGUCCUAGCAGAGCAGAGGGCAUGGAGGCCAAAACUAGAUUUUUUUGCUCUCACCUGCGAGGAGACCUCGAUGGUAGUCCAUUCUUGUUUUGUCCAGUCUUUACGGUUUCCUGAUGUUGCUGGCAGGAAGCCAAGCCGAAAAAAAUACACUUGAUGAGAAUUUCCUCUUUUUAUAAUGCUUAUUUGAACACCAAAGACUUUCCCUUUAUCUCAUGUAAAAGUAUUGGUUAUAUCGUGUCUGGAAACCACACUUCUCUGGAUCAGGGGCUCAGGGGAGACCGUGGAAGCAUGGUGCCAAGCCUGGGCAAAAUUUAUUUUUAAACACGGCUACUUGUCAGUAUGUAUGGUAGUAGUCAGUAUUUUUAGGAGUACAGUUUUUUAAAAGCGCAUUCCAUGCACUGCUUUGUAUCUGCAUUUUAUACCACGUAAUUACAUAACACUCAGAUAACCUAGGCAUUAGCAAUGUUCAUCAAUGAAUGAAUCAAGUGUACCAGAAAUAAACCUUGAGUGAUUUUUUUUCAACUAAGCAAAAUAAAAUAUAUUUGUUCACUUUUUACACUGCAAACCAAAUUUCAACCGAAAGCAAAAACAUCAAUAAAUCCAUAAUAAACCUGUCUUUUGGGAGGCUAAAAACUUACUUGUCCCCCAAGAAUGUCUUUGUGAAAUAUUUGCCCCCAUGUCGAAAAUACAUAAUAUCUUUUAUAAUGUCGAAUAGAUGAGUUUGGAAGUAUUGACAAAAAUAGAACUUCUACAAACACCUCUAAGUUACAUACACUGUCUGCUGCUUUCAAAAGACUAAAUAUGCCACGUUCAUUCUGUACCUAAAGGUUUACAAGUCUCCCAGCUGCCUUUCCUUUUGAAGGACACAGAACGUCAGGUCCAGACGUGGGGAUUUUAACCCCAUUGUGGGUUGCACUGAACAAGAAAGGAGGGAAGAUGAGGGGGAAGGAGGUCUCCAGCAGACGUCUGUUUCAGUGUCAAAGUAUCACGCCGGCUUUGUGAAGGCAGUGGAGUGGUCUGAAACCACUGCUGUUGCCUUUGUGCACGCACUCACGCGCGCACACGCACACAUGCACACACUAGACACAAAACUGCUGUUCAACCAUUUUCAGGGCAUACCCUAAACUGCUUUUUCUUGUUUAAGAAUAAAUUACAUUUUUCGACAUUUAUCGAAAACCCUGUUAAACUCUUGUCAAGGAUUUGUUUUACAUUAGACAAAUGUACGAGGAGGGGGCACAAAUAAAUUUUUAAAAUAAGUGCUUGCACUUCAUAUUCCUCCUCCUACCUGGUGCCCCAACAUAAUAUGUUAGGAGAAGAUGUUGCUGUUUUCUGGCAAAGGUCCCACCUCCUCUUUAUGAAGGAGGUUUUAAAAUUUGGCCCUAAGAAAGGGGAAAGAAACCAGUAAGCUGUACAUAUCAUGAUAGAGUUACAAGUUAUUCAAAACUAAGCUUUUGCCCACAUUAAACUAAUGUGAUAAUUAUAUCUAUGAUUCUUCAGUUGGAAGAGUGUAGGGAGUUUUGUCCCCAAAUUGAAAGCUUAAAAUCCCCUUAUUCUUUUCCUCUCACGGUGGAAAUACUUACUGUGUUCUAUCAAUAUGUGUUUACUUGUUUAUAUUUUUUAGUUCAGACAAUAAAAAUGGCCCUGGAAAGUAGACAUGA